CUGAAAAUUCUCAGAGAAGACAAAUUUCUGCUGUUGAAAAUCAGAUCAGUUCUGGCACGCGCCGUCAAUCCAGCCACCAGUCCGCCGCGGCGCUUGGUCCUCCCCGGGCGUCGCCGCCAGCCGCCGCCGCGCUCAAUCAAUGGAAACAUUUACUUUUGAAGAAAUCCCGUACAUCAAUCCGUCCUCCUUCUUCCCCCCUGAAAACCCUAAUCCUAAUCGGAGCGUGCAGGAAACUCUCAAUUACCCUAAUUUUAACGAAUUUAACAAUAUUUUGGACCCGGAGGAUCCGUUGUCGGAUCCUGUCCUUUGGUCCUUCUGCAACGAGAUUGACGACAUCGAUGUGGCGGAGACCUCCGGAGCCGGGCAUGGACCUUCUAAGUUGACCGGAGAGGGCUGCAGCCAUGGCGGCAUUGAGUUUUUCGAUAUUCCUGAUAUCUCCUUUCCUUGUGAUAAUUCAACGCAGACGCCUUCGUACAAUUGUAUUUGCUGCCAGAAACUUCGGGUGAUUACUCACACAAACGGCAUGACAGUGAAGCGCCUCGAAAUCCAUGGGCGAUGGGGAGUGAUUGCUCAUGCGGUCCAGGAGAUUCACUUCCACCAUUCAUCGUCGUCAAACAAUCAGGAAAUGGUGAUGUUCGAUUUCCAGAAGGAGAGUAUGGAUACCGUAAAGAACUUCCUGAUCCAAUAUUUCCAGGCCUGCAAACAAGAGGGCUUCUCGACAUUGCAGGAUCCUCUCUCGAGCUUCUAUGAAGCCCUUUCUGUUGGAUUGGAUUGCCACCGCAACCUAAAUGAUUCCCUUCUCUCCCAACCUCAAAACACAGGUGAGAAUAUACAAUGUGUUCAUACCAAAAUUCAUCGUCAAAAUUCAAACUCUUAA